AUGUCCGAAAAGGCAGAUGCCGAGCGCAAGGCCAAGGCCGAACGCGCAAAGAAGCUGCUCGCCCAAAGGCGCAAGGACAAGGAAAAGAAGGCUGCCGCUGCAAGUGGAACCGCGACACCCGCGAGCCCCGCCGCCACUGCUGCCGACGGUGCUGCCGACUCGACGCGCCCGAGCUUGAGCUUGGCCGAAGAUGUCCGUGCCGAGGUGGCGGAGGUGGUCAAGGACGAGCCGGUCACCGAGCCAGCACCCGAACCAACACCGGCACCAGCGGCCAAGGACGAGCCCGUGUCCAAGGCCAAGUCGCCCGAGCCUGAGGUGGCGCGCCGCGAGUCGGACAGCAUCACCAACCUCCAAGCGACGGUCUCGCUGCUCAUCACCGAGCGCUCAGAGCUGCAGACCAAGGUCACCGAGCUGCAGAAGCGCGUCACAGCCGCCGAGUCGGACGCGUCGCUGCUCGCCGAGGCGCGCACCGUCACCUCCCGCCUGGAGGAGGAGAAGCAGGCGCUGGGCGACGAGAAGGCCGCGCUGGCGUCCAAGCUCUCGGACGCGCAGGCACAAGUCAAGAAGGGGGAAGAGGUCAAGGCUGCGCUGGACAAGUCGCGCAAGGACGUCGAGGCAGCCAAGAAGGCGACCGAGGACGCGGUCGCUGCCAAGCAGAAGCUCGAGGCCGACAAGGCCGACGCCGCGUCGAGGGAAGGCGAGCGCGUUGCUGAGCUCGAGAAGGCGCGCGACCGGGCCCAGGAGCGCGAGGGGGUGCUCGAGGCCGAGGUCGGGCGAUUGAAACUCAGCCACACCGACUCGUCGAAGAAGCUGGGCGUGGCUGAGAAGGAGCUCACCGAGCUGCGGGCAUCGUCGAGCAGGACGGCGGAGGAGCUGAAGAAGUUGACGGCUUCGCACGAGACAUUGAGAAAGGAGCACGACACGUUGACGGGCGAGCACUCGACGCUCAAGUCAUCGCACACCGACCUGACGUCGACACACGACAAGCUCAAGGACGAGCACGGCACGUCGUCCAAGUCGCUCAAGACGUCCGAGGCGUCGCUCAAGAAGACGUCGGCCGAGCUUGAGAAGACCAAGACGUCGCUGUCGCAAACGACCAAGCGCGCCGAGGCGGCCGAGAAGAAGCGUGACGCGUUGCACAACGACAAUGGCGAGCUCGUCAAGCAGCUCGAGGAGGUCAGAGGGCGCGUCGUCCAGGUCAUGGAGGAGAAGGCCGAGCUCACGGCGAGCGUGGACAGCUGGGAGUCGAAGCACAAGUCGCUGGACAAGCAGCGCGGCGAGCUGGACACCGAGUUGAAGGCGGCAAAGGUCGAGGCGGACAAGGUGUCGGGCCUGAACGAGCGGAUCGCGGCGCUGGUGGCCGAGGUCGCCGCGUUGACCACGAAGAACAAGGACGCUGCAGCCGCGCACGACCAGCUGGACGAAGAGCACAACUUGGUCACGAGCGAUCUGGCGGCUGCGCGUUCCAAGGCUGCCGAGCAGGAGAAGCGCCUUGCCGAGCUGCAAAAGUCGCUUGACGCCGCCGAGGCUACUUCCCGGAUACUCCGCGACGACGGCAAGACGGCGUCCGAGACCAUCAAGAAGCACGAGGAGUCACUUGCGGGCCUCAAGGCCGACCUUGAGAAGGCUACCGCUGCGGCCAAGGAGCAGGACAAGGUGCUUGCCAGUGUGCGCAAGGAGCUCGAGGCGUCCCAGGCUGCUGCGAGCAAGCACGAAGCUGCCGUUGCCAGGACCAAGAAGGAGCUGGACGCGGCCCAGUCGACGGUCAAGGAACACGAGGGCAAGAUCAAGAGCCUGACCUCCGACCUUGAGGCCGCCAAGAAGACUGCCGGCGAGCACGAGGCAACCGCCAAGUCGCUCAAGAAGGACCUCGAGGCGUCUACGAAGGAGGUCAAGGACAAGGACACGAAGCUGGCUGCUGUCACCAAGGAUCUGGAGGCCUUCAAGGCUACGGCCAAGGAGCACGAGGCAAACCUUGCGUCAUUGACCAAGGACCGCGACGCGGCUCACAAGACGAUCAAGGAGCACGAGGGCAAGAUCGCCAGCCUGGGCAAGGACCUCGAUGCCGCGAAGAAGUCGUCGUCCGACCACGAGGCGAAGGCUACAGGCUUGGUUAAGGAUCUCGACGCUUCGAAGAAGGUCGUUGGCGAGCAUGAGACGAAGAUCGCGUCCGUGUCGAAGGAUCUCGAGGCGUCCCGCAAGACUGUCAAGGAGCACGAGGGCAAGAUCAAGACCCUGGGCUCUGAUCUCGAGGCGGCGAAGAAGAUAUCAUCGGAGCACGAGGCCAAGGCAGCGGCGUUGACGACCGACCUCGAAGCGGCGCGCAAGACUUCCGACGAGCACGAUACCAAGGCAAAGGGUCUUGCCAAGGACCUUGAUGCCGCGCGCAAGGCAUCCGACGAGCACGAGGCCAAGGCCAAGUCGCUGGCCAAGGACCUCGAAGCGGCCAAGAAGGUGUCGUCGGAGCACGAGUCCAAGGGCAAGACAUUGUCCAAGGACCUCGACGCGUCGAAGAAGCUGGUCGGCGAACAUGAGACCAAGAUCAAGUCUCUGACGAAGGAUCUCGAGGCGUCCAAGAGGACGUCGACCGAGCACGAGUCCAAUGCCAAGAAGCUCGGCGAUGAACUGGAGGCUUCGCGCAAGACUGUCACGGAGCACGAGGGCACUGUGAAGAAGCUCAAGGCGGACCUUGAGGCAUCGAAGAAGGCGAUCAAGGACCACGAGUCCAAGGCCAAGUCGCUCACGAAGGACCUUGAGUCCUCGCGCGCUACGGUCAAGGACCACGAGGGUAGCAUCGCCACGCUCACGACCGACCUUGAGGCCUCCCAGAAGCUUGCGAGCGAGCACGAGGCAAGCGUCCAGUCGCUCAAGACGGACCUCGAUAUCGCGCACGCCACGGCUGCGGAGCACAAGGAGAACGCCGACAAGUCGGGCAACGCUUCGUCCGAGCUCGCGUCGUCCUUGGCCGGCAUGAAGAAGGACCUCGAGGACUCGCGCAAGACGUCCAAGACUCACGAGGCGAAUGCUGCAAAGCUAAAGAAGGAGCUCGAUGAGUCCAAGAAGACGACCAAGGAGCGGGAUACGACCGUCGCGUCGCUCCGCAGCGACGUCGAGGACCUGCGCAAGACGACAAUAGAGAACCAGGACACCAUUUCGACGCUCAAGUCUGAUCUGGACGACAAGGAGACGGCAUCCAAGGCGUACGAGAAGAGCAUUGCGUCGCUCAAGUCGGACCUCGAAAAGUCGCAGAGCAAGGCCAAGGAGCACGAGGCAAGCGCGUCGUCGCUCAAGGCGGACCUGGACGAAUCGACUACCAAGGCCAAGGCGGCCGACGAGCAGGUUUCGUCUCUGCGCAGUGAGAUUGAGAACCUCCGUCUCAGCGGCAUCGAGUCGCAGGACUCGGCGCAAACCCUUCAGGCUGACUUGGAAGACUCGCGCCGCGAGGCGAAGAAAGCCAAGGCGGACGCUGAGGCAGCGCGCAAGAAGCACGAGGCGGCAGUGGCCAAGGCCAAGACGGAUGCCGAGGCGGCCCGCAAGGCGCACGAGGCGGCCCUGUCGAAGGCCAAGGCGGAUCACGAGGCCGCGGUGGAGAAACACAAGUCCGAGGUUGAAACGACCCGCGCAGUGGCCUCGGCGCAUGAGGGGGCGGCGGCCGAGCACAGCGCGACCAUCGCGACCCUCCGCUCCGACCUGGCCGCGGCGCGCGCCAAGGCCGCCGAGUCCGCUACCAACGGCGGUGCAGCGUCGGACGCGCUCGCCACCGCACAGUCGCAACAUGCGCUCGAGAUCUCGGACCUGCAAGCGCAGGUGCGCAAGCUCGAGACGUCGAGCCACGCGGCGUCGUCGCGCGCGCACGAGCUCGCACGCCAGCUCACCGACCUGCAAGCGACCCAUGCCGAGCUGCAGGCCGAGUACGAGGCGGCGGCGUCGGCCCCCCGCUCGCGGCCGUCCAGCGGCAUCUUCUUUGCGUCCGAGAACAGCGAGCCUGCCGUGCGCGCACCGCGCGGCGUCGACGCCAACCUCCCCGCCGCGUUACGGCACAAGCGUGCCGUGUCGCUCAACGCGCUCAAGGCGCGCAUGGAGCCCCGGACGCAGCUAGCGCGCAAGGCGAGCAACUUGUCCGCGCUCAGCGAGGACGGCGACGACGGCGGCAGUGGCGCCGCGACGCCCAACGGCGACGGAGCGAGCACGCCAAAACGGCACUGGCACCAGCCGCGCCAGUUUGGCGACGAGAUCAUGUACUGCUGCGCCGCGUGCAAGGGCGAUCUCAUCACGUUGUAG